CUAUCAGUCUCAAACCCGUACAAUCAAAGCUCAACCAGCCAGCCAACCAUUACUGCUCCCUCUCACUCUUUCUCCAGCUCCUAAAGCAGCAAAAAAAGCUUUAUUCCCCUUUGCAUUUUGAAAACAGUGAACUCCUCAAAGUGAAAAGGAAACACACACACAUUGCUGGCCUUAGUUCAAGUCUCUAGAAAGAAGAACGUUAGCAACUGUUCCCAUAAAACCCACUAAUAUUAAAGUAAAAGAGAAAAAUAUUGUUUGGGUUUUUUAUUUUGUUUUUUGGAUGAACAAUGGCUUCAGCAUUCAAGCUUCUCUUUGCAGUUUCUUUGUUUACUUUACUUUUACGUUUCUGCAGCGGAAGCAUAGUCGGAGUUUGCUACGGAAGGAAUGCCGAUGAUCUUCCAACACCUGAUAAAGUCGUAGAACUGAUAAAACUUCACAACAUUAAGUAUGUCCGGAUUUAUGAUUCUAAUAUCCAAGUGUUGAAGGCCUUUGCAAACACUGGAGUUGAACUUAUGGUUGCAGUUCCAAAUUCGGACUUAUUAGCGUUCUCUCAGUUCCAAUCAAAUGCAGAUUCAUGGUUAAAGAACAGUAUCCUUCCGUAUUACCCGGCCGCGAAGAUCACAUACAUCACUGUAGGUCUUGAAGUCACCGAGAGCCCCGAUAAUGCCUCAGCUUUAGUUGUACCUGCUAUGCAUAAUGUCCUUGCAGCAUUGAAAAAGGCUGGUUUACACAAAAGGAUUAAAGUUUCGAGUACGCAUUCUCUCGGGGUUUUGUCCCGAUCAUUCCCACCUUCUGCUGGGGCUUUCAAUAGCAGCCACGCAUCGUUCUUGAAACCGAUGUUGGAAUUCCUAGCUGAGAAUCAAUCACCAUUUAUGAUUGAUUUAUAUCCUUAUUAUGCUUAUAGAGAUUCUCCGAAAAAGGUCUCUUUGGAUUAUGCGUUGUUCGAGUCAUCCUCGGAAGUCAUAGAUCCAAAUACCGGUCUACUUUACACGAACAUGUUCGAUGCUCAGAUAGAUGCCCUUUAUUUUGCCUUGAUGGCUUUAAAUUUCAAAACGAUUAAGGUUAUGGUUACUGAAACCGGCUGGCCUUCCAAAGGUUCACCAAAAGAGAAGGGUGCAACUCCGGACAAUGCUCAAACUUACAACACCAAUCUAAUUCGACAUGUUUUGAAUGAUACCGGCACUCCUGCCAAGCCCGGUGAAGAGCUAGAUGUUUAUAUUUUCUCAUUGUUCAAUGAGAAUAGGAAGCCCGGAUUGGAAUCAGAGAGAAACUGGGGCCUUUUCUAUCCCGAUAAGACGAGUAUAUAUAACUUGGACUUCACCGGAAAAGGUGUCCUUGAUAUGACUAAUAGUACGGAUGGUUCCAAAAAUGGAACAACGUGGUGUAUCGCUUCUAGCAAGGCUUCUGAAGCGGAUUUACAGAAUGCUAUAGAUUGGGCUUGUGGCCCUGGGAAUGUGGAUUGCUCUGCCAUUCAGCCUAGCCAACCGUGUUUUGAACCAGAUAAUCUAGUUUCUCAUGCCUCUUUUGCAUUCAACAGUUACUACCAACAAAACGGGGCAAGUGAUGUUGCAUGCAGCUUCGGAGGAAAAGGGGUCAAAGUUGACAAGGAUCCUAGUUAUGAUAAUUGCAUCUACCUGACCGCCGGAGGGAUCAACAAAACCGCAUCAAGUAACAUGACUGCCACUGUGAACACAUCUUCGUCCUCACAUACCGACGUGUGCUCGUGGAUUUGCGUUUUCCUUUUGACGACUUUGAUCGCUGUUAUCUUGAACCUGCGCAAUAUGUGCGAUGUAUCAUUCUGAAAAGAAAGAACAGUUGAGAAUGUAAGCCAUGGAUGUAUUUUCUAUGGUUCUCUUUUUUGUUUUGGUGGUGAUGAUGAAAUGCUGUAAAAACGAUUAUGUAAAUGCGUUUAUUGCUACUGAUUUGCAUUAGAAUGUAGUGCCAUUGCGAAUAUUUUAUUGUUUGAAA